AUGAAAUUGUACAGCAGGAUUUUUUGCCUGUGCUGGUUUCGGCUCGCGAGCGCUGCGACUGCUCUUCCUGCUGUAAAGAACGAAACAUGUCCCCGAUCAGGAGGUUUGGUUUUCUUGCAGAAGACACCUUCCCUCCGUCGACUCAUGACCCUGACUGGGAUGGAUCGCGUCUUCGCUUCGACCUCUGGCUUUGAGUGGAUGCCGGUUGAUGGCGGCGUAAAUCGGGCUUGUCGUGGAAAGUCAGCUGGAGACAACUUGGCUUCAUACUUCACUGUGCAACAGGGGCUGGCCGACCUCAGUGCUUGCCAACAGCUUUGCGAGAGCACAGAAGGCUGCAAAGGCGUGGAAUACCACAGCUCUGGAAGAUGUGAGAUUUGGACUCGAGAGGGCGGGAUCGAGGCUAGCAUCAGCUUGGAUGGAUAUUCGUGUUACAGCUACGAGAUUUCUGAUUUCAUUGAAGUUGGUGCUGGCAUUGAUCGUGCCUGCCGUGGAGAGACUGUUGAAGAUGAUUCUUCAAGCCACAAGACGGUGCAAACAGUUACCUCCCUCAGCCAAUGCAAGCAGCUAUGCAGAAACACUGCUACUUGUACAGGCAUCGAAUUCAGCGGCUCUCGCUGUGAAGUGUGGUCGCAUGAUAUUAAAGCUUCCAUUGCAGCACCGGGAGUUUUGUGCAUGAAGCUGGAGUUCACCAAGAUUGAUGGAGACAAUCGGGCUUGUCGAGGAUCAAGCACAUCAGACAACAACCCUCAAAACUACAUCAUUGCUUCAGGUGCAGCAUCAGAGGCUGAAUGUAAAGAUGCAUGCAGGAUGCAG